AUGAAUGGCACUACCAACCUGAUGCAGCCUGUUGGGUUUGCAGCACCCUGCAACACAAAUCCUGCAACGUCUUCGCAGCGUAUGACUGGAGUUUCACGCACCCCCCCUGUUUGCAAGGAUGACACCGACAACGACUUGCUCAAGUCACGUACCCCGCUUGGAUCGGCAAAGGGAUUAAGCCAGAAGGAACGAGCCUCUGCUCAUUUGAAGACUCAGCUCCAAGCGAGUUGCCAACACAAUUAUAUUGAGAGCUCGCAGUCAGAGAUAUUACGGCUUCACAAAGAGCAAGCCAGGCUCUCAGAUCACCAUGCUGCAACAACAACAACACGGCUCGAGGGAGAGAUUGAAAGCCUCAUCAAGCGCAUUGAGGCCCUUGAGAUGCGUGAACCCACAGCACUUGUUGCCACUGGUGUUCGGAACAAUGCAAUGAAUAGUGCCAUCCGUCAAGUGCUGUUUAAGAUGAUGGGCAUCGAGUCUAAUGAAGCUCUUCCUGACCUUGUGGAUGGGAAGGAUACCUACUGGACGGAAAUCGAUUUGCUUGAGGUUUAUGGAACAACGACAGCAACUUCUGUUCUUCAACCAAAAUGGGCCGACUCAUGGACCCAUAAUUCCAAGUGGCACAAAUCAUUCUUUGAGCGGUUCCGUCGAGAUGCAAGCAAAUAUGAACCAACUCUCUUGCAGGAUGCAGUCAAAGGCAUACCCGAUAAGACAUUGCGGAGUGUUGCUGGUAAAGUAUUCAAGAUGUUAAAGGAGGGCUAUAAGGAGGGAAACAGGCUGAUUGGACUUCAGUCUCUGAACGUUGCCAUUGCUUGUCGCGAGAAGCGCCAAAUUGAUAAAUCCAAACUCGCAAUUGAGGCUUGCAGAAAUAUCCCAGACAUCAAGGACCAGAUGUACGACUUUGCUUUUGCACCAAAAUGGCAGUCGACAGAUUAUAGUGCCUCUGACGCUUCACACCAGAGUUCAAGUGAUGAGGUCAACAUUGUUGUUAACAAGAGACGCAAAGCUUACAAGAAGCCAAAGAAGGAGGGUGUCUUCACAACACAUCCUCCAGCGUGGCAUUCAAAGGAUUAUCGUGCUCUUUCUCAGCUUAUCAAGGAUGAAGUUGAAAAGAUUGUUACCGAGAGGGAGGCUGAUAAGAAGAACUGGAUGAAGAAACAAGUGCCACAGAUUCAAGGUCAACCUCGGCCGGUGGACUCUUUGCCACAACACAACAGCCUCAAGACUCCACGAUGGGCAGUCUCGACACAAUGGCUUAAGAGCCUGAUGCGAGAGGACCGCGAACAGCAGGAGGCACUUAUGACCGACAAUCACGAUGCAGACAUAUCAUACUCCGAAAGCUCGUCAUCCGAGUCAGUUUAG